GUUUAUGUGUCGCUAAAGAAACGCGUGCUGCACACAAAAACUUGUCGAGACAAAUACCGGCUUAAAUUUACCUUAAAAAGGCUGAAAUUAGUUGAAUUUCAUUAAAACAUACAAAGAUGAAGAUCGAGGAAGUUAAAAGUACAUCCAAGGCGCAGAGAAUCGCCUCUCACAGUCAUGUCAAAGGUUUGGGACUUGAUGAAAAUGGUUACGCUAUUCAAACUGCGGCAGGUUUGGUCGGUCAAGAAUCGGCGAGAGAAGCUGCAGGUAUCAUCGUGGAACUGAUCAAAUCGAAGAAGAUGGCUGGUCGAGCUGUGUUGCUGGCUGGACCCCCUGGUACUGGAAAGACUGCCAUUGCUCUUGCCAUCGCACAGGAGUUGGGAACCAAGGUGCCAUUUUGUCCAAUGGUUGGAAGUGAAGUCUAUUCAUCAGAAAUCAAAAAGACUGAGGUUUUGAUGGAGAAUUUCCGACGUGCUAUUGGUUUACGUAUCAAAGAAACGAAGGAAGUUUACGAUGGUGAAGUGACAGAACUGACACCUGUCGAGACAGAGAAUCCAAUGGGAGGUUACGGAAAAACAGUCAGUCAUGUGAUCAUAGGGCUGAAAACUUCAAAAGGCACCAAACAACUGAAGUUAGAUCCAUCUAUCUAUGAAAGUCUUCAGAAAGAAAAGGUAGAAGUGGGUGAUGUUAUUUAUAUCGAGGCUAAUAGUGGUGCCGUUAAACGUCAAGGACGAUCAGACAGUUUUGCAACCGAGUUUGAUUUAGAAGCAGAAGAAUAUGUUCCACUGCCGAAAGGUGAUGUUCAUAAGAAGAAAGAAGUGAUUCAGGAUGUAACUCUCCAUGAUUUAGAUAUCGCGAACGCCCGACCUCAAGGUGGUCAGGAUAUCAUGUCUAUGAUGGGACAACUAAUGAAACCCAAGAAAACAGAAAUUACUGAUAAAUUACGGAAGGAGAUCAACAAAGUAGUGAAUAAAUAUAUUGAUCAAGGAAUUGCCGAACUUGUACCUGGUGUUUUGUUUAUUGAUGAAGUUCACAUGUUAGAUAUCGAAUGUUUCACCUACUUACACCGCGCUCUAGAAUCAACUAUCGCUCCCAUUGUUAUUUUUGCUACGAAUCGAGGAAAGUGUACGAUUAAAGGUACUGAUGAUAUCGUAGCUCCUCAUGGAAUGCCUCUUGAUUUACUGGAUAGAAUUAUGAUCAUCCGAACCCUUCCAUAUCGGUCAGAAGAAAUGGCUCAGAUUUUACGAAUAAGAAGUCAGACUGAAUCCAUUCAAAUUGACGACGAUUCAUUACAAAUGUUGGCAAAUAUUGGAACGAAGAGCACACUUAGAUACGCAGUUCAGUUGUUGACGCCUGGCAACAUCAUGGCACAUAUCAAUGGCAAGGAAUGUAUUGGAAAAGACGAGGUGGAGGAAAUGAAUCAAUUAUUCUUCGAUGCGAAAUCUUCAGCUAAACAUUUAGCACAACACGAAGACAAGUACAUGAAAUAAAGUGACAUAACUUUGAGACUUGAUUGUGAAGUGGCUUAAUUUCUCAAUAGAGAAGGCCAGGACAAGAACUGUCAGGAUUUGCCUUCUAAUUCAAUAACCUGCAUUUCAGCUUGGGAACUUAAUUGUGAUCUAGUUUAAUACAAACGUUAUUGGCCAAACAUUUUAAACCUACUAUUUAGGUGGGCAUGAAAAUCGUUUAAAAGUGAUGGCUGAAAUAUCUUGUCACUCAAUUGUGAACUAAUCCAAAAUGUUUUGAUUGUAUGACAUUUUUUGUGAACUAACCUGAUUGACCAGACAUUAAACGAAAAAGUUUUGAUUGAAUGAACUUUGCGUAAAAGAAUUUCAGUGACAGACAGCUACUUUAACACUCUCUUUCAACAGAUCAUUCUUGUAUAACAGAAACAGUAGAAAGAAAAAUCAUAUUUAACAGUGAACUUGAGAAAAUGCGAUAAUGUAUUUAUGUGUUCUGUUUUAAAAUCAAAUGUUAAUGUAUUUAUCAUAACUCUGAAAGAGAUCACCAGAUUCAUUCAAUCUCAUUUUAUAUUUUGAUUGUUUGUCAUUUUCACUAUAGAAGCCUACAAAAAGGGAUAUUUAUAUUCAGAAACUGAGUAGAAUAAUUGUACUGUUAGAGAUUUGAUUAAAUUCUGAUGGAUAGUUCUGUUUUUUGACUUUGUUUUUGAUAAAAUAUAUCAAAAUUAAAACAUUUAUAAAUCUGAAUUUCUUGUCAACAGUUUUCUAAUUAUCUGUUAGUCUACUAAUAUAACAUUUAAUGCAGAGUUUUGGAUAUGUAUGUUAUUUUGUUAUGACCGUUCCUUGACACAAUUCAUUAGUUUAGUAAUAUAAAACUUGCUAAAGUUAAUUCUCAUUUCAUUUUUCCACAAUUUAGUUGAUGUUUUUGUUUUGUUAGGAUUUCAUGUAAAUAUUAAAUAUAUAUCAUUCAAAUAUC